UUCAUUUCCGCUUCCGGUGCGGGCCGCGCGCGAGCGCAGCGGUGGGAGGCGGCGACCAGCCGGUUGAGGCCCCAGGCUUGGCCUCACCACAAUGUGGCACGAGGCUCGGAAGCAUGAGCGGAAGCUUCGAGGCAUGAUGGUCGACUACAAGAAGAGGGCGGAGCGGAGACGGGAGUAUUAUGAAAAGAUCAAGAAGGACCCAGCCCAGUUCCUGCAGGUACAUGGCCGAGCUUGCAAGGUGCACCUGGAUUCUGCAGUCGCCCUGGCCGCUGAGAGCCCUGUUAAUAUGAUGCCCUGGCAGGGGGACACCAACAACAUGAUUGACCGAUUCGAUGUCCGUGCCCACCUGGACCACAUCCCCGACUACACCCCCCCUCUGCUCACCACCAUCUCCCCAGAACAGGAGUCAGACGAACGGAAGUGUAACUACGAGCGCUACAGAGGCCUGGUGCAGAACGACUUUGCCGGCAUCUCAGAGGAGCAGUGCCUGUACCAGAUCUACAUUGACGAGUUGUACGGAGGCCUCCAGAGACCCAGCGAAGAUGAGAAGAAGAAGCUGGCAGAGAAGAAGGCUUCCAUCGGUUAUACCUAUGAGGACAGCACGGUGGCCGAGGUGGAGAAGGCGGCAGAGAAGCCAGAGGAGGAGGAGUCAGCGGCCGAGGAGGAGAGUAACUCGGACGAAGAUGAGGUCAUCCCCGACAUCGACGUGGAGGUGGACGUGGAUGAAUUGAACCAGGAGCAGGUGGCAGAUCUCAACAAACAGGCCACGACUUAUGGCAUGGCCGAUGGCGACUUUGUCAGGAUGCUCCGGAAAGACAAGGAGGAGGCAGAGGCCAUCAAGCAUGCCAAGGCUCUUGAGGAGGAGAAGGCCAUGUACUCGGGACGCCGCUCUCGACGCCAGCGGAGAGAGUUUCGAGAGAAGCGGCUGAGGGGUCGCAAGAUCAGCCCACCCAGCUAUGCCCGCCGAGACAGCCCCACCUAUGACCCCUAUAAGCGGUCACCCUCGGAGUCCAGCUCGGAGUCCCGCUCCCGCUCCCGCUCCCCGACCCCGGGCCGCGAGGAGAAGAUCACGUUCAUCACCAGUUUUGGGGGCAGCGAUGAGGAGGCAGCCGCAGCCGCUGCUGCCGCAGCAGCAUCAGGGGUCACCACAGGGAAGCCCCCCGCACCUCCCCAGCCUGGCGGCCCCGCCCCGGGACGUAAUGCCAGCGCCCGCCGCCGCUCCUCCUCCUCCUCCUCCUCCUCUUCUGCCUCGAGGACCUCCAGCUCCCGCUCCAGCUCUCGCUCCAGCUCCCGCUCGCGCCGCGGCGGGGGCUACUACCGUUCCGGCCGCCAUGCCCGCUCCCGGUCCCGCUCCUGGUCCCGCUCCCGCUCCCGCUCCCGGCGCUAUUCGCGGUCCCGUAGCCGUGGCCGGCGGCACUCAGGUGGGGGCUCCCGAGACGGACACCGCUACUCCCGCUCGCCUGCCCGGCGUGGUGGUUACGGGCCCCGGCGCAGAAGCAGGAGCCGCUCCCAUUCAGGGGACCGCUACAGGCGGGGCGGCCGGGGCCUCAGGCACCACAGCAGUAGCCGCAGCCGCAGCAGCUGGUCCCUCAGCCCGUCCCGCAGUCGCAGCCUGACUCGCAGCCGCAGCCAUAGCCCCAGCCCCAGCCAGAGCCGCAGCCGCAGCCGCAGCCGCAGCCAGAGCCCCUCGCCAUCACCCGCAAGAGAGAAGCUGACCAGGCCGGCCGCGUCCCCUGCUGUGGGCGAGAAGCUGAAAAAGACCGAACCUGCCGCUGGUAAAGAGACAGGAGCUGCCAAAGUCAGUAAGAAUUUGGAACUCGCCCGUCUAAUUCCCGUCAGCAGCAGUGCCCAAGAGCUGGGCCCGGUGGGCCUGCAGGGGGGCCCGGGUGGGCUGGGAGAUCCAGCCCCAGGGACUGGGAAGGGAGGGGAAGGGUCUGCCCCCGUGAGAACCAUGUCCCCCUCCCCUCCUCACUGUACGCUGGGGCUCCACCUGUCACUGAACCUCUGGGAGCCUCAGGGCUGUCGACACCCCGCCCCUCUUCCCCACGUCGUUCCCCGCCCCCCGCACAAAGCCCCAGGCUCUUGGCUGAGGUGGGUUGUGGGAGCUCUGGGACACCCACCUCCUCUCCCGCCUCUUCUCCCCCCUCCCCAGCCCAAGCUGACGCCUCAGGAGAAGCUGAAACUGAGGAUGCAGAAGGCGCUGAACAGGCAGUUCAAGGCGGAUAAGAAGGCGGCACAGGAGAAGAUGAUCCAGCAGGAGCAUGAGCGGCAGGAGCGGGAAGAUGAGCUUCGAGCCAUGGCCCGCAAGAUCCGGAUGAAGGAGCGGGAACGCCGAGAGAAGGAGAGAGAAGAGUGGGAACGCCAGUACAGCCGGCAGAGCCGUUCACCCUCCCCCCGAUACAGUCGAGAAUACAGCUCUUCUCGAAGGCGCUCAAGGUCCCGAUCCCGAAGUCCCCAUUACCGACAUUAGGCAGAAGAGUGGGGGGUGGGGAGGACAAGGGGGUGGGGUAAGGGGCUCAAGCUGUGAUGCUGCUGGUUUUAUCUCUAGUGAAAUAAAGUCAAGAGUUAUUUAAUUCCCGUCA